AUGCAAGAAAAAGUGAUUUUAAUAAAACUUACUGUAGGGCCUGGUAAGCCUCGAUCCUCGACUAACAGGGGUCUUUUUAUAGUUGGCUGUCUUGCUGGUUCGUUUUUUACAUUCAUGGAAAAACCUUCAAGUGCUCUUUUAUUACAAAAGGUGGGUGCUGGGUUUCUUUUUGCAGCGACGAUACUGGGUUGGUACAUGUGGUUUGCUCUUAUACUCUUAUCCGUCAACUUCCCGAGUUCUCUACCUGUGGGUGAGCUUUCGUCAGUCGUUCCCGGCCGGAACAACCAGGCAGAAAUGAAAAACACGAAAGAUGCUUAA